AUGUACAGAAUAGAUGUUUCAGAUUUUUAUGACUUCCAAGCAUUCAGAAAUAUGUGUCCAUUUCGAGACUAUAACAAAGCAGUCGAGAAUUUGAAACGUUUAGUCAUUUAUGUCGACUCUGCCCCAGAAUGUUAUGUUAUGAAAGAAUGGGAUGUAGUCUUUAACAAACCUAAAGCAACAAUAGUUUCAGAACAAGAAUGUAGACAGAAACUUAAGAAAAUAAAAGUCGUACAAGUUGGCAUGAAGAUGUUAGAUGCUUGGGAUAUCUUAUUGUCAAAACUUGAAGAUUUUUUCAGUUCGAGGUAUAAAGUUCUAUACACCUUCUCCAAACUUCUAUUCUAUCUUCACUGGAAUAUAAAUCAUGAACAAGUAGAAUGGAAAGAAAAUAUUAUAGAAGCUUGGUUAGACCAUGUCAAAGAAAUUAUAUGCAAUGGAAACGAAAAGGUUUAUGAGUAUAUCUUAUGUUGGUUUGCAAACAUCUUACAACAUCCAAGUGCUAAAAAUGAAACUGCUCUCAUUAUAAUUGGAAAACAAGGAACUGGUAAGAACACAUUCUUUACAGAUAUUUUGUGCAAACUGUUAGAGGGCUAUUCGAACCCGAAUAUGACAAACUUAGAAAACAUCUGUGGCAAGUUUAACUCCUCAAUAGAGAAUAUGAAACUUAUAGUUUGCAAUGAACUUCAAAGUAUAGAUACAACAAAAGUUUUAAACUCAGAUGCUUUGAAGAGUCUUAUAACAGACAAAGUUGGAGUUGUUGAAAGAAAAUAUAAAGACCAAAGAGUUUGUGAAAAUGUUGCAAACUUCAUUAUGGUUUCAAACAAUGCUGUUCCGAUGAAGUUAGAAAGUUCUGACAGAAGAUAUGUAGUUGUCAGAACGUCAGAUUCUCAUAUGCAAGAUACAGAAUAUUUUGACGACUUAGCAGAAACUUUGACAUCUGACUUUUACAACCACUUGUUCUCAUACUUUAUGACAUUAGAUAUUUCAAAGUUCAAUCCAAGACAAAUUCCACAUACCGAAGAGAGACAAACAUUGUUAGAAGCAAACAAGAGUGUAUAUGAACUGUUCAUAGAUGAAACUGACUUUGAGUGUUUAGAUGAAAGGUCAUUGUACGAUUCGUAUAAACAAUAUUGUCAAGAAUAUGGUUAUAUGACAGCGUCUAAACGAACAUUCUUGGCAAAUGUCAAAAGUCUUUUAGAUGUUCAGAAUGGUGUAUAUACAAAGAAAAAUUUUUAUGAGUAA